UAAAUAAAACAAACUAAAAUGGGUCUCCUACGGGCUAAAGAGAAAAGACUGCGGUGAACGGAAGUUGAGGGUCGUUCCAUAAACCUGAAUGCAACAUUUCCUCGCAACCGGGGAAAUUUAAACGCGCUCUUAUGCAAAAACAUACUUAACGCGCUGCAUGCGUCAUCUGGUUAUUGCUAAAGGCACUAACUUCUUAAAAUAACCCACAUCUGUGAGCGGGAUUUCGUGUGAGGAACUUCUGCUUGCACGUGAAGGGGCAUGGGCAGCUACAGUGACUCCACCAGUGACCUCGAUGAGGAGUUGCCCGUGUUUGACUUCCUCCAGGCGGGUCGAUGCCGAGCUUCCCCGAGCCACGAUUCGGAUGCCUCUGAAGCCACGGCGUCCGCAGCGAAGGGCAACGCGGCCGCCCGCACGGGGACGGCGGAUGUGCUGAUGAUCAGCAGCGAUUCUGAUGACGGCGUACCUUAUGUCCCUCUGGCACAGAGGCUCGCGCAGAGACGAGGCAAAGCGAUUAGCGCCUCCUCCUCCACCGGUAAUGGGGAAGAUGCCGAGCGCUGUUCGCCACUCGAUCUGGCCGGCGCACGGCUCCCCCGUCCGAACUGGCCUCCGGGGUCAGAACGGCCGCUCGGCCUCCAUCAGGUCUCGUCCGGGGGUCCGGAAGCCUCUCCUGUUAGGAGGAAACCCACCAGGCGGACAGAAGAGGAGAUCCAGGCCUCCCGGGAGGAGGCUCUGUGGAGGAGGCAGGCCGGGCGGGGACAGCAGAAGGGCAAGGAGGCGCUCCGGCAGGAACAAGAGAGACAGAAAGCAGAGAGGAAGGCUCUGGCCGAGGCCGCCAGGGCCUUGAGGCCGGAGGAGUGCAUCAAGCGCAUGGUGGUGGCCGUGGACCCAGCUCUUUUACAGCUGGAAGGAGGCGGCACUCUGCUGGCGUCGGUGCAGGCUCUGGGCUGCAGCUGCGCCGUGGAGAAACAACCGGUCCCACGCAGCGUCAGCUGGAGGAGGAGGACUCCCGGUGCCCAGCCCGACGACAGCGGCGGCGCGUGUGUCCCAGAGGCCCACGUGGUGAUCCAGUUGACGGUGGACGACUUCAUCACUCUGAUCCACGGCUACGUUCAGGAAGAGAGGCGUGUCCUGGGCGGCUCUGGUCCGACUCUGACGUCCUGGGUGCAGGAGCAGCAGAGGCGUCACCCCGGUAAGGUCCUCAGCCUGGCGGUCAUCGACCUGGAGAAAUACUUCAGAUCCCAGAAGUCCCAGAGCCAGAAGCGCUUCCGAGACGCAGUCGCUGGCGAGGAGCGGGGGGGAGGGAAGGCGAAGAAGAGGAGGAAGAACGGCGGAGACGAGGCGCGACCCGAGGUGUCGCGGGUUGAGGUGGAAGAGGCAGUGGUGCAUCUCCAGCUUCACACCGGCGUCUCCGUCCGCUUCUUGUUAGCCUGGAAGGACUUCUCGGCUCACAUCGCCAUGACGACCAGAGCGGUCGCAGAGGCCCCUUACAAGCGAGAGAGGGAGCAGACGGGCUUCUCGUUCUACCUGGAGAGCGAGUGGGCGGGGGGGCAGCGGGUGGACCGAGGAGGGAGGGGGCUGCUGCAGGCGUGGAGGAGACAGAUCCAGCAGUUCAACAGAGUCAGUCCGGACAUGGCCUCGGCCAUCCUGGCAGCUUACCCCUCCCCACAGCUGCUGAGGAAGGCUUACAGUCUUUGCAAGACCGAGCGUGAGAAGAUCUCCCUCCUGUCUGACCUGGUGGUCCGCCGAGGAGAAGGCGUCACCUCCACGACUCGCCGCGUCGGCCCGGAGCUUUCCAAGCGCCUCUUCCUCAUGAUGAACUCCUGCGAUCCUCAGCAGACUCUGGACUCCACCGUCUGACCCCGUUUUGGAAUACGAUGUGGAUCGUCUCUGGACUGUGGCCGUUUCUGUUUCGAGCAUUGCAUUUUUAAACUUUUUUGGUGACAUUUCUUUCUUAUGUAUAACUUGAAGUUUUAUAGAAAAUUGCAUUUCUUUGAAGAUUGCAAUCAUUAAAAGGUGCAAUAUUCUGAGCGGUUCUGGUGCCAUUUUGGCGCAACGCUAACAGCGCUAACAACGCUAACAGCGCUAACAAUAUAAAUUACGGCAACCUCCGGUUCUGUUGAUUAAAGCCGAUGCCGAAGUGUCUUAAAACGUGCGUUCUCUCUCCUGACCAGCAGGGGGCGACUCCUGGUUGCAAAAAGAAAGUCUGCGAAAAUGACUCCUUGAUUUAUUCACCUAGUAAACAUGAGUUUAUAAUAAUAAUACUCCAUUUUAUUUAUAUGGCGCUUUAAAAGGUACUGAAGGCACUUCAAGGUCUCAAUCUCUAGUAUCAAGUCUUCAAUACAGCAUGAUGUUCAUUUAGUAAAUUAUGGUCCAUUUAGAGUCAAAACGGACCAUAAAGCAGAGUAUGCUUUAGGGCGGAGCUUACUGUGAUUGACAGGUUGCUGUCAGUGCCGCAUUCUAAAUAUGGUAACCUCGGUUCAUCGCUUGCAAAAAAAUAACAACAACAUGGCGACAGCAGUAAUCCAAGAUGGCGACAGCGAACUCGAGGCUUCAUAACAGCAGUCCAAAGCCCAAAUGGGUGACAUCACGACGACUACGUCCACUUCUUGUAUUCAGAGGAUGACAUUGACAGCUGCUGUCUCCUCUUCUUUUUGCCCUGAAUACUAACAAUUUAAAGAAAAAUACUCAAAAAAAGUUGGAAGCUAUGUUCAUGGUACUUGGAAAAAUAAAAAGUCGACAUUU